GAUGUAUUGUGUGUUAAAUAUACAAUUGUAUCGUACAGCUUAUUACGGCGGCGUUAUUAAGAAAUUUAUAGAAUAAAGUUUAUACAUAUAUAUAAUUGACCGUACAGGAAGUUGAUGAGUAUUCUUCAAUAUAAACGUUUACGUUACAGGUGAAGUUAGAAAGAGUUUUCACCAUGUCUAAUACAAUAGUUCAAUAUGUUUUGUUGCGUAGUGAUUUGUUAAAAGAAUUGGGUUGGUCUAUUGGAGCAUUGGUAGCACAAGCAUGCCAUGCAACUACGGCAGUUUUACAUCUUUACAAAGACGACGAGCAGACAGUAUGUUAUUUGAACGAUUUAGACUAUAUGCACAAGGUAGUUUUAGAGGUUCCAAAUGAAGAAACACUGAAGAAAUUGGCUGAGAAACUGAAAGAAAAUGACAUAGCGCAUAAGUUAUGGAUUGAACAACCAGAAAAUAUAGCCACAAGUCUCGCCUUGAAACCAUAUCCAAAAGAUGAGGUGAAAAAAUUUGUAGGAAAAUUUCAAUUAUACAAAGCAACACUGGAGACUUCACAAUAGUAGGUAUAGUUAUAUUUUGAUAAAAUACCAAAAUAAAUAAGCAGGAAAGUAAAAUUAUCUACUUAUUAUUUUUAUUGUUUCAAUAUUUUUAUUUUUUUAUACUC